AAAGUGAGGCGGGUGUGGCGGGAGGGCGCGGUUCUCGCGAUUUCCCCCUUCCAAGCACGGAGAGACUCUGUUCCCGACUCCCACCCCAAACCGUCCUGGGACGAGGAGAGGUCCUGCAGACUGAAGACUUAAAUUCAAGGUCAUGGCAAAACAUCUGAAGUUCAUUGCCAGGACUGUGAUGGUACAGGAAGGGAAUGUGGAAGGUGCAUACAGGACCCUGAACAGAAUCCUUACCAUGGAUGGGCUCAUUGAGGACAUAAAGCGACGGCGAUACUACGAGAAGCCUUGCCGCCGGCGACAGAGGGAAAGCUAUGAAACCUGCCGGCGAAUCUACAACAUGGAAAUGGCUCGCAAGAUCAACUUCUUGAUGCGAAAGAAUCGGGCGGAUCCAUGGCAGGGCUGCUGAGGCCUGUGGAUAGAAGGCCCCAUGUGAAAAUCCUUAUCCAGCUGUCUCCAUCUCUUUUCUUUCUCCCACCCCAUUUUCUCUUACCUUUCUUACAAUAAACUCAAUCACAUAUGUACAAGAAGGCCUGCAUAUAUAGAAGCAAUCCCACUAGUCAGCAACGGACACUUUCUUGUAUUAGGUCAAAGAGAAACCGAGUCCAAAAGUAGUCUGGGAGUAGAAUGGUGGUUGCCAAGGGCUGGUGUUGGGAGGAGGGGAAUGGGAAAUUAUUGUCUAAUGAGAGCAGAGUUUCAGUUUGGGAAGAUGAAAAAGUUCUGGAGG